AUGGGGAAUGCUUUAAAGGCUAUAUGGGGAAACUCGAAAGGAUUUAGCGUGAGUGACAAAGGGGAUAAUUCCUUCCAAUUCUUUUUUAAUAAAGAAGUGGAUGUCUUGCGUGUUGAACGUGGUUCUCCAUGGCUAUUCAAAGAUUAUGUGCUCCAUGUCAAGAGAUGGAAGGAAGAUCAGAACUGUGAUGAAGAGAUUAUUUUCAAUUUUUCAGUUUGGGUUCAAUUUUGGGGUUUGCUAGAAUCGUUUAAAACCCUCAAAGUUGGACGUAAAUUGGGAGAGAAACUGGGCACAGUGUUGGAAGUAGGUAAAUUUCAGAUGCAAGGCAGAGAAACUAGGAUUGUAAAGGCCAAAAUCAAUAUUGAUGCUGCCAGGCAAGUGAGAGAUCAGUUAAUAGUGGUAGGACCAAAUAAAAAGGAGGUAGAAGUGGCACUGCGCUAUGAGAGACUUGGAAAGUUCUGUACCUAUUGCGCAAAAUUGAGGCACAAUGUGAAAAACUACCACGAUCUGCUGAAGGACACAGAGAGUGAUAUGGUAAAGGAGAAUGACAUUGGGAUGUCAAUGCAAGAAGGGAAACAAAAUUUGAAACCACAAGACACUGGUAACAGGGCAGCACCUGAGUCACCUCAAUCAGCCACUUCUAGAACAGAAUGCAUGGAGGUUAUCAUAGCUGGUCAGUCCAAUACCAAGGAGGAUGAAGGGCAGCUUAUGCAAUUUGUUAUUGGGUAA